AUGCCGUGUAUGUACUUUUCAGGUAAAGAAAGUGAAGACAUAACACUUGAUGAUCCUGAGAACGAUUACAUUAGGAUAAAUCCUGAGCUAUAUGCCAAAGUUCAGCUAGACAAUGAACAGAAUGCCAGAGUCUUUUUAGACACUUAUUUAUUAAGGAUACGCGAUUAUAUGCCAGAGGAUAUGUAUGCAGUGGAGCAAGAGGACCGAAUAGUAUCGAGGAGUGAUGCAUCUGUUUCCCUUGAGACUAGGGUAUUCAUACCAGCUCUUGUCUAUGUCACCAACUUAAUGAUCGUAGCCGACUUCAGGGAGAUGACCAGUAAUGAAUUCAAAACUACUUACCUUGCUCCACUUAAUGACGCUCUUAGGGAAUCUAUUAUCGGUGAUGGCUACUUGCUGAAGCGAUAUGCUUAUCCAUUUGGAGACGCUACUCAUGUGGAAGGUGAUAUCCAGCGAUACUUCGAUGAAGGAAUAGGGGGUUCGAUUAACACACUUUACCGUGAGAUUUGUGGGAAGUAUCAUAAGUUUGGCAAGCCAACUAUCAUAAGACCGCCUUUAGAUAGAAGACGGAUAAUAAAACCAGAUAUCGCUCACAUUUCCGUAGAUAAAUCAGCGCCUAAUCUACAAAAUCCAGAAAUCUGCUUCGCGAUAGGUGACUACGAAAAGAAAAAUUAUUAUUUAAACCAGGGUUUUGAAGAAUUGAAAAUGGCCAUUGCAAACUAUGAGACAGAUUUGUCGGGUCAGAGAACAUUAAGACUGCAGUUAACACAUACGCAUACUAUAUUUCAAGACCGAGAAUGGACACCCAGAGUGGUAUGUGCGUUAGUUCUAAGGAAAUAUAUUUAUCAAGCUUUACUCUGUGGUACGGAUAGAGUAUUCAUUUCAGAUCAUCAAUCAUUUUCUGGGUUUUUCAAGUAUAAAUUUGUUGACGACGAAAAAAUGACGAUAGACUACUUCGUUAUCAACGAUCCAGAGACUGUCGAGCAUGGCAUUACUUUAAGAUCAGCAAUUGCAGGAUUUUUCUACGAAGAGAGAAAAGGCGCACUCGAUACGAAACAAAGGUUGGCAACAACACUUCAGGUGGUGGGCAAAACAAAAGGAUCAGACCCAUUUGAGAAUGUAGUUCCUAGACCUGUGGAAGAACCAUCUCAUGACCGUAAACGGAGCAAAUUAUCUGGAAGUGCUCUCAGGAGUCAGUUGAUUUCAAUCGAGGAAAAUAUCGAGGAUGUUGACUUUGAUGUAAUUCAUGGUAAUACAUAUUGUCGUAUAAUCUACGAUGCCCCCAAAUGUUAUCCUGGACUCAGAUACGUACUUCCUAUUAGCGUUUUUGUUAAAUUGUAUAAUUAUCCAGACCUGGCUUUUGAAAAUUUUCCAGAGAAAGAAGACUAUUACGAUAUGUUUGUGAAUGAACUUGAAAUUAACAAAAUUAUCGCAAAUUCUCAAUUUGCUUCAAACUUUCCAAAACUCAUCGUAUCUGGAUACCUAAAUGGAAUUCCAAGUAAGCCAAUGCAUAUAUUUGAAGAUCUAGGAGAAGAGUUACCCAUAUCUGAGUGGAACUAUGACAAAGUAUAUGACGUUAUCAAAUUAAGACUUGAGGAAAUUCAUGUUUUGGGGAUAAGCCACAAUGAUGUCAGACUUUCCAAUAUUCAUGUUUCAGUUGCAGGUAAAAUUUCGUUGAUAGAUUUUGGAUUAUCAGCCUGUCCAAGCAGUAAAGAACGUAAAAAGGGUGAUUUUACAGAUCUAGAUCGGAUUUUUAGAAGACCGUCUUACAGCAACCAAAAUGAAGACCAAGGUGGUCAACGAGAAAUGAAUUGUGACGCAUCACGUAAAGAGUCUAAUAUUAAUAGAAAUUAUGGGUAUAAUGAGAUUAAGUCAUCGGAGGACGAAGGAGUUUUUGAGAGUAUAAGCAAAGAGUCCCAAGGUACAGAGCAAACAGAGAGGUCUUUCUUCCAAAGGACAGGUGAAAAAUAA